CAUUCCCAGUAACCAGUGUCUCCUGUACCAUCAGAAGCUCCAGAAGUCACCUACUUGCUGCCUCCACGGCGUCUUUGCCCACUGAACAGCCAUGAGAAGGCAACUCCGGUCCAGGAGGGCUCCGGCCUUUCCUUAUGGUUAUCGCUACAGACUUGAUGAUCAGGGUGAAGAGAAUCAGAACUACUUAGCAGACGAAGAGGAGGAAGCAGCAGAAGAGGCUCCUGUGAUGAUGGCGCCUGAUUUGGAAGAAGAGGAAGAGAAAGAGGAGGAGGAGGAGGAAAAGAGUCAGGGCCAGCCCAUAGGCAAUGCUUGGCGGCAGAAAUUACAGAUCAUGGUCAAAUACCUGUGGGAUCCAGAGAGAAGGAUGUCUCUGGCCCAAACAGGUCAGAGUUGGAGCCUGAUUUUAUUCAUUUACUUCUUCUUCUACGCCUCUCUGGCUGCUGUGAUCACUCUCUGCAUGUACAUGCUGUUUGUGACCAUCAGCCCUUGCAUGUUGACCUUCACUGAGCGGGCGACGACUCCUGGAGUUAUGAUCAGGCCGUUCGCCCAUAGCCUUAACUUCAACUUCAACGUUUCUGAACCUGACACUUGGCAGCAUUAUGUGAUCAGCCUAAAUGGCUUUCUCCAAGGUUACAACGAUAGUCUUCAAGAGGAAAUGAAUGUAGACUGUCCUCCGGGGCAGUACUUCAUCCAAGAUGGCAAUGAGGAUGAGGACAAGAAAGCCUGCCAAUUUAAGCGCUCCUUCCUGAAGAACUGCUCUGGUCUGGAGGACCCUACGUUUGGAUACUCUACUGGACAGCCUUGCAUCCUCCUAAAGAUGAACAGGAUUGCAGGCUUUCUUCCUGAGCUUGGAGAUCCCGUGAAGGUUUCCUGCAAAGUUCAGAGAGGUGAUGAAAAUGACAUCCGAGCCAUCAAUUAUUACCCAGAGUCGGCUUCUUUUGACCUCCGCUACUACCCUUACUAUGGCAAACUGACACACGUUAACUACACUUCCCCUUUGGUGGCAAUGCACUUUACAGAUGUGGUGAAGAACCAAGCGGUGCCUGUGCAGUGCCAGCUGAAAGGCAAAGGCAUCAUAAAUGAUGUCAUCAAUGAUCGUUUCGUGGGUAGGGUAAUCUUCACCUUGAAUAUAGAAACUUAGUAACUUCAGGAGGCCACUCCUACCAGUUCCACUUCUGUUUUAUCUCAUGUUAUCCCUGGUAGCACCUGAAUUCUUCUUCAAUUAAGACACAGUCAAAUGGACACUUAAGACAGAUCAUUUUUCCUUGCCUUUGACAUGUGUAAGAAGUGAUAUUAUGGGAGCUGUUUGAUUUUUUAAAGAUAGUCUCUCCUGAUGACAAAUAGAUUAUAUUAAUUUAUUUUCCUAUCACUUAAAACUAAAAGUCAUUCUUGCUGUUAAAAAUCUCACUGUAUGGUGGCGCACUCCUGUAAUCCCGGAACUCAGGAGGCUGAGGCAGGAGGAUCGCUAUGAGUUCGAGAUCUGCCUGAACUAUGUAGCAAGACCCUGUCUCAAAAAAAAAAAGAAAAAAAUCUCACUGUAGCGUAAACGUAGUAUCUGAUAAAAUUCACAAUAGCUAUGGUCAGGAGGAUGUCUACAAUGCUUACAAAUUCAUCAUGUUUUCUGAAGUUUCAUUUCACAGAUAAGAUUCCUCCCAAUCAACCUGAUAAUCUACCUCCCUUCCUUUUUUAAUCUGCCUGGGAAUCAUCACUCAGACCAACCCAGACUACACCACUGGGCCAUCGUAACCAAUAGCAAUCUAUACCCCAGGGUACUCGAGGAACUGGCUGCCUUUCAGAGGCAACCAAACGCUGAUUCCAAGAUUAGGUUAUCUUCAACUGGGAUAGGAAGCAGUGCUAACUGGAUAUUGUUCUCAGAUAAAGAUGAAGGCCUCUGUGUGACUGUUUUGGGAAGGUAGGGCUUACUGCAAUUGGGGAGAACACUUAGCAUAUGGAUUGUUGAUUCCUUCCUUGCUCUACGGUAUAAUCACCCAAGGCCAAACAUUCCUGCAGACAGGUUUAUCUGAGCUUCGGGUAGCAGAGAAAACAUGGAAGAGCUCCACUGGGUAAUUCUUCUUGGGUUUUUUGACAGUGGUGUGAUACUCUUGGGGCCCAUCAGGGAUAGGUGUGUUGAACCCCAGCUGCAGUCCUGGGAAUUGACAUCAGAGUCUGCCAACUAAUACAGGGCAAGGUAGAGUGCUCCGGCCAGGCCACCCUGGAGCCGAAGUUCAUUAGCCAGUUUUGCAUUUACUCUGAAAAUGACACGGGGCAGAUGUUUGUCCAGGUUGUGGAUCAGCCAAGUCCCUUUGUCUUAUCUUGGCUAUGUGACCAUUCCAUUGCUACUUAACACCUCCACCAGGCGGAGGGCUGGGAAAAAGACAGGAAGCCAGCAUGGGUGGGCAGAUCAGUGUCUCAGGGUCCAAAGCAUGCUUUAAUGACACUUAGAAGCGUCCAGCAUCUGAAUCUCCUCUACAGUGAUCACUGCAAACGAGGGAACAGGCAGUCCGGUAGCAAAGACGAAUGAGUGGAGAAGUAACUACGAGAUGGCACAACGAGAGUCACAAAGCUGCUAGGAGGAAUGCUGCGUGGAACAUAAGGAAAAAUGCUCCAGCUGAGAAAGGAAGAGAGGGAGUUUUUCAAAUUUUGUUUGUUUUUGUGGUACUGGAGAUUGAAUCUGGG